CUCCGAGAAUUUCAAAAUGCCCAAACAAUGAUAUUUGCCAUUGAGGAAAUAAACAAAAGAACUGAUAUUCUUCCUGGGGUCAAACUGGGUUAUAAAAUCUAUGAUUCCUGUGAAUCAGUAGAAAUAACUACCAGAGCCACACUGUCCUUAGUUAAUGGCAAUAAGAGAAAUAUAUCUGAAAUAUCAUGUUUAAAACAUGAUUUAGUUCAUGCAAUCAUAGGGCAAACAUCCUCCACUCCCUCUAUUGCCAUUGCUGUUACUGUGGGGUCAUUGCACAUACCAGUGGUCAGUCACUUUGCUACAUGUGCAUGCCUAAGUGAUAAAAGGAAAUACCCAUCUUUCUUCAGAACAGUUCCCAGUGAUUAUUAUCAGAGCAGAGCUUUGGCUAAGUUGGUCAAGCAUUUUGGCUGGACAUGGGUAGGUGCCAUAUGCAGUGAUGAUGACUAUGGGAAUAAUGGCAUUAAUGAAUUUAUUAUUGCAGCAAAAGAAGAAGGAAUAUGUGUUGAGUAUUUUAAAGCAAUCUUUAGGACAGACCCCAGAGAAAAAAUUCUAAAAGUAGUUGAGGUCAUCAAGGCUUCAACUUCCAAAGUGAUUGUAGCGUUUGUUUCAUAUUCUGACAUUGGGGUGCUUCUCAAGGAAAUGGCUUUCCAGAACGUGACUGGGUUUCAAUGGGUUGGUAGUGAGGACUGGAUUUCUGCUAUUAACCCAGAUAAUGCUCAAUGGCAGCACCUUUUGAAAGGAUCUAUUGGAUUUGCAUUGCCAAAAGGUCAAAUUAAGGGUUUAAGGGAAUUUCUAACAAAUCUUAAUCCAACUUCUGAUGCACCUAUUUUUAAAGAGUUGUGGGAGACAGUGUUUGAAUGUAAGUUUCCCACACAAGAAAAUGUGGAAAUAAAACAAAUAUGCAAAGGCAAUGAAAGUCUAAGACAAAUUCAAAAUCUUUAUACAGAUGUUUCUGAAUUACGGAUUGCAAAAAAUGUUUAUAAGGCAGUUUAUGCAGUGGCUUAUGCCCUGCAUAACACAUAUGGUUGUUCAAAGAUGGAAAGUGGACAAGAAAGUCUUACUAAAUGCGAAAACAUAACUAAUAAAUUAUGGCAGGUAUCAAAUGAGCUGAAAAAAAUCCAUUUUAUUAGUACAACUGGAGAAGAUGUAUACUUUGAUAAAAAUGGAGACCCUGCAGCAAGGUAUGAACUGCUUAACUGGCAGCAAGACAAAGAUGGUAAAACAGUAUUUGUUCAAGUGGGCUUCUAUGAUGGCUCUUUGCUAACUCACCAUCAGCUGUCGUUUAACAACAACAGUAUAGCCUGGGUCCACAGCAAACCACAGGUACUGGUCUCCGUGUGUAGUCAGAGUUGUCUCCCUGGAACCAGAAAAGCUGUGCAAAAAGGAAAGCCAAUCUGCUGUUAUGACUGUAUACCAUGUGCAGAUGGGGAAAUUAGCAAUAUAACAGAUUCUAUAACUUGUAUCAGGUGCCCACCUGAACUGUGGUCUAAUGAAAAGAAAGAUACCUGUGUCUUAAAGCUAAUAGAAUUCCUAUCAUUUGAGGAAAUAAUGGGAAUCAUCCUUUCAUCAUUUGCUUUUUUAGGAGUAUCCUUCACCAUCUACAUUGCAGUCAUUUUCAUUAAAUACAAGGAAACCCCAAUUGUUAAAGCAAAUAAUUCUGAACUGAGCUUUUUGUUGCUUUUCUCCCUUUUACUAUGUUUUCUUUGUUCCCUUACAUUUAUUGGUCAGCCCUCUGAGUGGUCCUGUAUGCUGCGUCACACAGCAUUUGGGAUCACUUUCGUUCUCUGUAUCUCCUGUGUUCUGGGGAAAACAGUAGUGGUGUUAAUGGCCUUCAGAGCUACACUUCCAGGUAGUAAUGUCAUGAAAUGGUUUGGUCCUCUACAGCAGAGACUUAGUGUACUUGUCUUCACUUUCGUGCAGGUCAUUAUUUGUGUACUGUGGUUAAUAAUAUCCCCUCCCUUUCCCUACAAAAAUAUGAAGUACUACAAGGAAAAGAUCAUAUUAGAAUGCAAUGUAGGCUCAGCUGUAGGUUUCUGGGCUGUGCUGGGGUAUAUAGGAUUCUUGGCCGUUUUGUGUUUUAUUUUGGCCUUUCUAGCCCGGAAGCUGCCUGAUAAUUUCAAUGAAGCCAAAUUCAUCACAUUUAGUAUACUUAUAUUCUGUGCUGUUUGGAUAACCUUUAUUCCUGCUUAUGUCAGCUCCCCUGGAAAAUUGAUUGUAGCUGUGGAGAUAUUUGCCAUUCUAGCAUCAAGCUUUGGUUUACUCUUCUGCAUAUUUCUUCCAAAGUGCUAUAUAAUCAUACUGAAACCAGAAAAGAACACUAAAAAGGAAAUGAUGUUUAAAGCACCUGCUAAAUGA